GUUAAGUAUGCUACACCGUAGCACUUGAUGGAAGCUGUGAGUUCUAUGUACAUGUACUAAGCCAGUAUCGAACUAUCAUUGAGCGAAGCAGCAGCAACAAUGAAUAUCACAAGUAUUAUUGAGCAGUGGUUUGGAGAAAAUUACUUUGAUUCAAAAAUUAAAUACGGCACGGACUUACUAUACAAUGCAGUUCGUGUGUUUUACAUAAUUAUACCAAUGAUAUUUCUCACAGCAUUGGCACAAUUUAUUGGCCAACUGCUGACUGACCGUGCCGGUGUCUCUAGAUUUGUGCGAUAUGUCAUUGAGUUUGUGGUGAUUGUUAUACCAACUCUGUUGAUUUCGUUGAAGUUUCACGAACACUCCGGACUUGUGGCGAUAAUCUGCAGUGCCGCUUUGGGAAUAUUACUCCUUGUCACUUUCACAACGAAAUCGCCAAGACGCCAGUAUGUCACGGGUAGUUGUCGACCGUUUGCCUAUGCACUGAAUCGCGCCAUAAUUUAUGUAAUUGCCAUAUUGGGUAUGGGGGCACCUCGUUUCUUAGAGAUACCAGAAUACUUCAAAGAAACCUAUAGUUAUGGCGUAGGAUUUUUGGAUAUAGACGUUGGAUUGUAUCUAUUUGCUUUGGCAACCGUUAAGCGAACCAGCGUUGGGCGGUCUCCAAUGACCGCUGCACCAAGCUUUUUCUUGCCGAUGCUGUUUCUCGCUUUUGUGCGUAUGCUAGUCAUACUACUAAAUGCAGAAAAUGAUAAGAAUCCAAUAAGAUUGCAUGCGAAUUAUUAUUUUCUAUUUGCUAUUGUUGUAAUAAUUGGCUCGAUUAUUUGUGAAUAUGUGACGUCACAAAAGCGGCGCAUACAGUUGGGUUUAGCUAUCUUGUUCGUUCACGAAGUCAUUUUACAAAUAUUCACCGCUGAAUACAUACUGGAUCCAAAAAUUAAACGGUUCUAUUUUAUUGGCGUACAAAAGGAGGUGUAUCUGUCAGUUCCUGGCUUUCUGGCGCUUUAUUUGAUAUCGGUUGGUAUUGGUGACAAAAUGCGUACGCGAGUUAAACGUUUAACCGCCGAGAUGUUUAGGAACAAACUUUUAACAAUACUUGAGGCAUGCCUGUCCUUCUGGCUCUUGACACUGCUUUGCAUAUUUACAACCUCCAUAUCACGUAUUACCUGCAAUACCGGCUAUGUGGCCUGGAUACUAGCCGUCGGCUGCACAAUGACCUUAAUGCAUAUGUUGGUUUUCAGUUUUAUUUUCAAGGCACUCGAGUACAACGACGUAAAUAACAGUGUUAGAGAAUUAAAUGUAAUGCCGGAAUUUGUGACGAUUAUAAAUAAGAACGGUGUACUUUGUUAUAUAGCGGGUUAUUUGGUAGCGUGUAGUAUAAAGAACUUUUUGGAGCCGCUAAAUCGAAAUGUGAACGAAGCUUUUUGUAUGUUAACGGUUUUUAUGUUUAUUAUGGCACUAUUUUCUUAUCUGAUAAAUAAUGUGACCAUUAUCGAUUUGUAAAUGUUUUCAAAUUUAAUUUAGACUUCUAAGUAUUUAUGUAUUAAGUAAAUGAUAGUAAAGUUUUAAGGGUAACCAAUUUGUCAGCUUGUGUCAAAAUGUAUCCUUUCAUUAUCUGGCGAAAAGAUAGCUUUUUUGACUUGUUUUAUGUACUUAUUCAAAAGACUGUAACAUCCAAGAAAUUACACCUCAAAUAAAUAUUAAAUUUUUUGCUAGCUGAAGAGACUAAUAAAGAUUUUAGCUCAAUGAUA